AUGGCAUCACCUUCAUCCCAGUCGUCGGGAGAUGAUGCCAACGAGAACACGGCGGAUGAGGAGGAUUCAGAAGAUUAUUGCAAGGGUGGUUAUCACCCGGUGCAGAUUGGCGAGAAGUUCAAAGAUGGGAAAUACACUGUCGUGCGUAAGCUCGGAUGGGGGCAUUUCUCGACUGUCUGGCUGUCACGAGACAAUACGACCGACAAACACGUCGCUCUCAAGGUCGUCCGUUCGGCCGCCCACUACACCGAAACCGCCAUCGACGAGAUUAAGCUGCUCAAUAGGAUCGUCCAAGCCAACCCUAACCACCCGGGCCGCAAGCACGUCGUCAGUCUACUCGACUCGUUCGAGCACAAAGGUCCCAACGGAACACACGUCUGCAUGGUCUUCGAAGUACUCGGCGAGAACCUCCUCGGUCUCAUCAAGAAGUGGAACCACAGGGGUAUUCCCAUGCCCCUCGUUAAGCAGAUCACGAAGCAGGUCCUCCUCGGCCUGGACUACCUUCACCGGGAAUGUGGGAUAAUCCACACUGACUUGAAGCCCGAGAAUGUUCUCAUCGAGAUCGGCGACGUCGAGCAGAUUGUCAAAAAGGUAGUUAAGAACGAGCCUAACGAAAAGGAGAACAAUCGCAACGGUCGCCGCAGGAGAAGAACCCUCAUCACCGGCAGCCAGCCCCUGCCGUCUCCGCUGAACGCUUCGUUCAAUCACAACAACAUCUUCCCGCCUUCCAGCUCGCACAACAGCCUAGGGCAAAUGCUGCAUGGAGGCAAGUCACCGAAGGGCGAGGCCUCCCCCAAGAGGGACAAGAGCAACGAGCAGAAGCAGAGGGAAAAGACAGCUGACAUAAUCGCCAAAGAAGUAUCGGGUAUCUCCCUCGACAAGUCCAGCAAUACCCCGGCCUCUUCUAACGAGAAGCGCAAGGCAGACGAGCUUUAUGCCUCUGAUGUCAUCAGCGUAAAAAUCGCUGAUUUGGGUAACGCCUGCUGGGUGAACCAUCAUUUCACAAACGACAUUCAGACUCGGCAAUACCGCUCCCCCGAAGUCAUCCUCGGGGCGAAAUGGGGUGCCAGUACCGAUGUGUGGAGUAUGGCCGCGAUGGUCUUCGAGCUCAUUACUGGUGAUUACCUCUUCGACCCACAGUCCGGCACGAAGUACGGCAAAGACGACGACCACAUCGCCCAGAUCAUCGAGCUUCUCGGCCCCUUUCCGAAGUCACUGUGCCUCUCCGGGAAGUGGUCUCAGGAAAUCUUCAAUCGGAAGGGCGACUUGCGUAAUAUACACCGGCUGCGUCAUUGGGCCUUGCCUGACGUCCUCAGAGAAAAGUACCACUUCAAGGAUGCGGAAGGGCGGCAGAUUGCGGAUUUCUUAACGCCCAUGCUGGAGCUCGUCCCUGACAGGCGAGCGAAUGCUGGCGGAAUGGCCGGUCACGACUGGCUUCGCGAUACCCCAGGGAUGAGGGGAGUCAAAAUCCCCGGCCUCGAGGUCGCCGGGCGAGGGGAGGGCAUCGAAGGCUGGGCAAACGAGGUGAGAAAACGAUAA